CGCCUUCUUUCCAGUGCUUCUGAGCCUCGGGCGCGAGACCUGCCUUCGAAAGUGCAUUCUCUUACGAAACUGAAUACAACCUCCUAGAUAAUCACCAUAUCUUGAUCAUGGGGUAUUUUAAUAUCGUGAAGACCGGAAAUUCUUCACGGCCUCGUACGGGCACAAUGGGAGACACCAAAUAUAGUAUCAAGGCAGAUAAUCAGAAUUUGGGUUAAGGCGUUUGGGUUACCCGCAUAAAUACGGUUUGGAGAUGGGCUAAGGGCAUAUCGGGUUACAAUCUGCUUGCAUCUUUACUAAAGACCCAUCUCAUUCCAUAUGCCUGUACCUGCAGAGACCACUUACAAUGGAAAGCCGCUUAGCCAGCUAUUCGCUGAGGAAAGGAGCGGCUGGUCAGGAUACGUAGAAUGGGAAAAAUAUCCGGAAAAGAAAGCUCUAGCUAGAGAGAUACUGAAGACUCACACUUUUCCACACCCCCCUGAAUUCCAGUUUGUACCUUUGCCUGACACCAACCCUGUCCUCAUCGGAUACCGCUGGAAAGAUUACCACAAGGCACUCGGUCUGCAAUCCAUCGUCAACUACAGUUGGGAGGUCGUGCAGAAGGAAAAGCCUGACCUUAUUCACCUGCUCGACUUUCCUUACAAUGGAGAGACUACCCGUGAUCAGCUACUAGAAGGCAAAAUCACUGACAAUAUGCAUCACUUCGUUCGCAACCACGGAGGUGUUCCUGCUAUUGAGGAAGACGCAUUUGAACUUGAAAUAGGCGGUCUCGUGAAUAACCCUGUCAAGUUGAGUUUGAAAGACCUCAAGGAUCCUUCCAAAUUCCCCCAGUGUGAAGUAACUGUUACCCUGCAAUGCAGUGGUACACGUCGCAUUGAGCAAAUCAGGGAGUACCCUGGCGAUGGUGAUGAACUGAUUAACGCUCCUUGGGGUGAAGGUGCUAUCGGGACAGCUGUUUAUCGUGGUGUUCCCCUGAAAAAGGUUCUCAAAAGAGCUUGUGGUGGAGUGCUUCCAGAAUGCCAGCAUCUCGAGUUCAUUGGUGGUGACACCUAUUUCAAAAAAGGGAAUGUCUUCAAUUAUGCGGUUUCUGUACCAUACCGUAAGGUCCGCAUGAAUGAAGAGGUCAUCCUCGCAUGGGAAAUGAAUGGGAAACCGCUGCCCAAAAUUCACGGUGCUCCUCUCCGUCUAGUUGUUACAGGAUACAUUGGUGCAAGGAGCUGCAAAUGGGUCUACCAGAUUAAUGCACUCGCGGAACCAAGCAUGGGCCCUGUUCAAAGCCAAGAAUAUCUGUACUACACGUCGCAGCUCGGCAAGCAAAAUGUGAAAUAUUCCAACGGCUUUUCAAUCCAGCAAAUGCCUGUUUCGAGUGCCAUUAUAUCCCCAGUCGAUAAAUCUGUGAUCGUUCAUGAUGGUUCCAUUGAGCUCAAAGGUUGGGGGUAUAGCGGAGGAGGGAAUUGGGUAGAGCGUGUCGAGGUUUCUCCAGACGGGGGCCACGUUUGGUACGCUGUUCAGCCGGAAGACAUGACUGAAAAGCACUAUCACGCAUGGAGGUUGUGGAAAAUCAAACUGCCCGUUGACGCUGAAGGCUGGCUUGAGUUCUGCGUCCGUACCUGGGACUCCUCUAACAAUACCGAGCCUACCUUCGUGCGCUCUGCAUGGAAUUGGGAUCUCCAUGUCACAUCGUCUUGCCACCGUAUCAAGAUAUACAGCGUUAACAAAACAAGACCCGCGACGGCCAAGCGCUUGGAAGAGCUCAGGGCGAGGGGAGAAAGUAUUGAGCCACUUACAAGGCCAUUAGAAUACACGAUUGAAGGUCAAGACGAAUAUCUCACCGCCUGCAAGAACUAUCCUAGGGAACCUCUCAGCUAAAAAGUAUUCUUUCGAUAAAAUUUGCAAGAUAAAACUGGGUGGUGUAAAUAGUGAUGUAUAAAAUCGUGUACGAAUUGAAUUUUGCUAUUGAAGC